AUGGCGGAACUAGGGAAAAAGUAUUGCGUGUACUGCUUGGCUGAGGUCAGCUCGCUUCGUUUUCGCUGCACCGAAUGUACCGACAUCGAGCUUUGCCCCGAAUGCUUCUCAGCGGGCGCCGAGAUUGGCCCGCAUAGGCGCUGGCAUGGCUACCAGCUGGUAGAUGGUGGGCGUUUCACUCUCUGGGGGGCCGAGGCCGAGGGUGGCUGGAGCAGCCGCGAGGAGCAACUCUUACUGGAUGCUAUCGAGCAGUUCGGCUUCGGCAACUGGGAAGAUAUGGCUACUCAUGUUGGAGCAUCACGAACUCCUCAAGAAGUUAUGGAGCACUAUGUGAGCAUGUACAUACAUGGAAAUCUCGGAAAAGCCUGCAUUCCUGACAUUAUUCCUAAUAGAGUGACUGAUCAUACAUGCCCAAGUGGUGGUCCACUUUCUCCUAGCCUUACCAUGCCUCUGCCACCUUUAGAUAUAUCAGUGGCUGAACAACAACAGCUUGGAUACAUGCCACUUCGAGAUGAUUAUGAGAUUGAGUAUGAUCAAGAUGCUGAGACCCUAAUUAGUGGCCUUUCAGUUAAUUAUGAUGAUGAUGAUGUAGAAAUAGAAUUAAAAAGAGCUCAUGUGGAUAUGUAUGUAAGAAAACUGAAAGAGAGGCAGCGGCGAAAGAACAUUGCUCGUGACUACAACUUGGUUCCUGCAUUUUUGGGCAAGGAUAGGAGAGAUAAAGAAAAACCUUCAAAACGCAAAACUACAAAAGAAGAAAAGGAACUGAGGUUAAAACUGAGGUCUCUUUACCAGUUUAUGUCUUGCAAAGAAUUUGAUGAUUUCUUUGAAAAUCUGCACAAGGAAAAGGUUCUUCGAACAAAAAUAAGAGAACUCCAGCGUUAUCGCCGAAAUGGCAUAACAAAAAUGGAAGAAUCUGCAGAAUAUGAAGCAGCUAGACAUAAACGAGAGAAAAGGAAAGAAAAUAAAAAUAUUGGUACUUCUAAAAGAGGAAAGGAGGAGGGUAAAGACGGAGAAUUCUCUGCAAUUGAAAAUCUUCCUGGUUUUGAACUCUUAUCUGACCGAGAAAAAGUACUUUGUAACUCUAUUAAUCUGAGUCCAGCACGCUAUGUGACUGUUAAAACUAUAAUUAUUAAAGAUCAUCUCCAAAAAAGGCAAGGCAUUCCCUCAAAAAGUCGCCUUCCUAGUUACUUGGAUAAGAUACUAAAAAAAAGGAUUUUGAAUUUUUUGACAGAAAGUGGUUGGAUAUCCAGGGAUGCUUCUUAAAUCUUGACUACUUUGAAAUAGUAUCAGUAUCAACAGAGGAACCAACAUUCGCCAUUGAUCUAGUUACCAGUUUUUUUAAAAACAUCCAGGAUCUUGUAAAAAACUCACUCCUUAACAACUGGAUUUUUCUGUAAUGGAUCAUGUACAUGUUAGAUCUUAUUUUAUGAACCACUUUACAUGUUACCUUAAAACAACACACUGUGGGUGAAGUGAUUCAUUUUACCAGUGUAUCAGAAGUGAGAUGUGAAACUCUGACAAUACUUGCUGAACUCUACCUCUGCUGAAAAAACUUGUAUUUUAGACAUGAUACUGGGUUAAGGUUGCUAUUCUUCACACAUUUACUUGGAAGUAUACCCCACUACAUUGAGUAGUAUUUAUUGUCAAGUAAGACCAUCAGAUCAGGUUGUUUAUGUGUCCUACUAACACAAAUUACUAUUUCAUAUUGGAAAUGUAUACUACAAGUUUGUUACCUUUUUUUUCACAAACCAAGGCGUUCUGCUACAUUGCCACUAGAGCAGAGAAUGCAAAACUGAGUAACAUAAAAUGGUUUAACACAGCACACCACAUGAUGAAAACGCGUAGACGAGCUCCACAAUCUAGCUUGCAUAGAAUCAUUGAAAAUGAUUUUCAGCAAAUAACAGGCAUUCUGAUUGUAAAACAUAGGGGUGGGUGGGUGAACUGCUUUAAUAUAUGUACUAAUGUUCCACUUCUACACAAUUUGAAAAAUGAAAGGAAUUUUUUUGUGGUUUUAUUUAAAUAUAAGUAUCAACUGAGAAAAUGGGAAUGAUAAAGUGUUUAUGAGAAUUGGUAUAUACUGACAGAAGAUUCUUAAGCAACUCUCCUUGUGACUUAUCAACCUAUGCUGUUCUUCAGGUUUGCAUUUGUUAAAUACAAAUACAACACUUGUUUAAACACUCUUUUUUAUAUAAAUAUUUUAUUAAUUUCAAGUUUUACAAUCAUAAGUACAUAAUAAACAACUUGGUGUCUGGGUUCCUUU